ACUGGCUGUUAAAAGCCACCAGGCGAGUGUCUCGAGCUUUUUAGUUUAGCUCCUUCUAUAUCCGCGCGCGGCAUGUGUACCACGGAGAUGACGGAAUCGUACACGAUGUCGCCGUCGACAACGGUAUCUUCCAGCGCCGUGACGCCCGGCUGCGUGAGCGGUUCGUCUGCACUCCGACGGACAUCGUGCAGAGGCUCGCCGGGUCGAGAUGUCCAAGACGACGAAGACGAGAUCUCUGUAGGCUGUCCCAGCCCGCUGCCGCUGGUAGUAGCGACACCCAACACGGAAGACGAGUUGGCCUCCUCCAGGGAGGAUUACGCCGACCGUCUGAGCCCCAGGAGAACCUAUCCACGAGACUCGAUGACGGAGGAUGAGGAGAGGGAUUAUUCCCGCAACGGGGAAUACAGGAUGUCGAACGGACGAACAAGUAGCAGAACUCGCGAGAGCGGUGAUUCGGUCACAACGCUCAGAGACGACGAGGAGGACGAGGAAGAAGAGGAAGAAGUGGACAGCAGGACCGGUAGCAACGGAGCAGCGGCCGCUGGUACCACGGUUGAUUACUUCAAGCCGCUGAAGCGCCUGAAGAUGGUGCAGAUACAGCAUUCGGAUGAGGAGGAUGAGAGAGAACGGGAAUCCAAUGAUCGUGGAGUUAAGUCUUUCAGUAUCCUCGAUAUCCUGUCGCAUCGACCGAAGGCAAAGAUCGUCCGUCCCUGGGACACGACGGAUUCCGGUCUCGGCCAUCAACACCGUCAUCAUCUACAGCAGCAGCACCAUCAUCAUCAUCAUCAUCAUCAGCACCAUCUGCACCACCAUCAUCACAGUAGUCACCCGAGUCACGCGACCGGACCCCGGGACCUCUCACUGAUGGGUAUGUCACUCGCGUCUAUGUCCGGUUCCAUCAGCGAGCCGCCCCUCAGCAGCUCCUCGUCGUCCGGAAGGAGCUCCGUGUCGGAUUCCGGUAGCCCGGACCCGCUCGCCCAUCAUCACCAUCAUCACGCCGCGCUUCAUCACGCUGGCAUUCAUCCCGGCCUGCAUCAUCCGGCGCUCCAGCAGCCGCAGCAGCAGCAGCUCAAGAGGAAAAUGCCGCAACAGCACGGUUCCCACGCUGGCCAAAACGGCAAGAGAACUACAGGGCAGGGCAGUCCCUUGGACGCGCUCUUCCAAAUGACCAGCAAAACCUUCGACGCGGGCGAACACAGUCAAGAACAAGCCAAUCACUUAAACCUGUUCAACAAUCGCCAACAGCCGAAGAAGAAGCGCAAGAGUCGGACCGCGUUCACGAAUCAGCAGAUCUUCGAGCUGGAGAAAAGAUUCUUGUAUCAGAAGUACUUGAGCCCAGCCGACAGGGACGAGAUCGCCGCUCAGCUGGGUCUGAGCAAUGCCCAAGUGAUCACGUGGUUCCAAAACAGGAGGGCGAAGCUCAAGAGGGAUAUGGAGGAGCUUAAGAAGGACGUGCAGACUGUGAAUCCACUUCUGGUCGCUCAACAUCACAAGACUUUCCUAGAGAACGUGCAAGAUCUGGGAAUCUUAAAAAAACGACCAUUGCCAAAUUCCAUGGACGAGAAAUCGUAGAGGUCAACUUUUCGAAAUCGACUUUUCGACCUUCUGUGUGCAAUUGAGGCUCGACAGGAAACUCGAAUAACGAACAAUUAUUCGUAUAAUAUCAAGUGUUUUCGACCGAAAUGAAAGAUCGAACCGUGAUACAUAAUUUCGUGUUACGAUGUUAUUAUUCGGGCAAGCAUGUACGGAAAUUUAUACGCGUCAAUGACUACAUUUUGUAUAAUAGUCUUCUUUUUACGUGUGAUUCGAUUCCUUGACGCAUUUUAAUGCCCUUUCUUGAAGAAAUUGUGAAGAAAGUCUUGCGAUAAAAAGCCCCUUUUCAAAGAUCUUGUCUAUCUAAU